GGGGUUGCCAUUGGUGUCCCAAACAUGGCGUGCUGUCAUUUGCCUGCAGCGCCACUGCAUUUAUUUCCCGAGCGUCGCUGUGUUGUGGCGAGUGUUUGAGAAAUCAGUGAGAAUACUGUGGAAAAGUUGCAAGGACGUGCUGGAAAAUAGUGUUAAACUGAAGAUAAACGCCUGUGCUACAAACUGAGAAAUGGUUGGAUCACGGGUCUACGUGGGUGGAUUGCCGUAUGGCGUGCGUGAGCGGGAUUUGGAGAGAUUUUUCAAAGGCUAUGGGAGGACUCGAGACAUUCUCAUCAAAAAUGGCUACGGAUUUGUGGAAUUUGAGGACUAUAGAGAUGCAGAUGAUGCGAUUUAUGAGCUAAACGGGAAGGAAUUGCUGGGAGAAAGGUCUUCUUCCAGAGUCGUUGUUGAGCAGGCGCGAGGCCAGGCGAGAGGUGGGCAUCGGGAUCGUUAUGAUGAUCGUUAUAGUCGCAGGGGACGCUACAAUGAUAAAUCAUCAUCUCGCUAUGGACCUCCUUUGCGCACGGAGUAUCGCUUGAUUGUGGAGAAUUUAUCGAGUCGCGUCAGCUGGCAGGACCUGAAGGAUUACAUGCGCCAGGCUGGUGAAGUGACUUAUGCUGAUGCCCACAAGCAGCGUCGCAAUGAAGGAGUUGUUGAAUUUGCUUCGCAUACGGACAUGAAGACGGCCAUUGAGAAGUUGGAUGAUACGGAAUUGAAUGGGAGGCGUAUUCGAUUGGUGGAGGAUCGCCGAUCGGGACGUGGUGGUGGUGGACGGGGAAGAUCACGAUCUUCCAGCAGUCGAUCACGAUCACGCUCUCGCAGGCGUUCUCGAUCACGUUCACGCUCCAAGUCCCGAAGCCGCUCAAAGUCCCGCGGUGGCGGACGUUCCAAGUCCAAGUCAGCGGCUAAAUCACGCUCCAGAUCGCGUUCAAAGAAUUCACGAGACAAUUCCAAAUCAAAGUCUCGUUCUCGUUCACUGAAGCGUGAUUCACGCUCACGAUCGCGAUCUUUGAAGCGCGAUCGUGAUUCACGCUCACGAUCACGCUCUAAAUCCAAUAGAAAGUCCACAUCGAGGGAUCGUUCUGAUCGUUCAGAGGAUAAAGAUCGCAAAUCACGUUCGGAAUCACCAAAGAACAACGGCGGAUCUCCUGGACACAAUGAAAGCAUGGAGGAUUAGGCACUUUUCAGAUGAGUUUUUUCUUGUUUUAAUGCAAUUCUUCACCGUUUUUUACUGAUUUCUUUAAGAAAAAAAAAGAAAUAAUUGAUCUUUUUUGAGUAUGAAGAAUUAUGGAAAAUUGAUAAAAUUUUAAUACAGAACCUGAUAAAAUUUUUGUGGAAAUUCUUGUAAAAUUGAUUUCAAGAAAAGUAAAAGAACUAAAAAGAAUUAUUCUCUCGAGAAUAGAUUUUCUAAUUUUUAUUUAAAAAAAAUUAAAGGAUAAAGGUUGAAAUUGCAAAAAAGAGAAGUACACCAUAAAAAUAGUUUUUAAAAAAUAGAAUAAAUAUUAACAAAAAAAUUAAAAGAUCACUUUUAUUUGUGGUUUAAAAAUGAACUAACAUUUAUUUAGAACAUAUUAGCUCAUAGAUUUGAUAUUUUAUACAGAAGAAAAAAAAACAAUUAAAAAAAGAAAGAAAACCAGAAAGUUUUUAUUCAUUAAAACUUUGUGAAAUACUUUUAUUUUCUCUUAAUUUUUUUCUCUCCAAGACAUUUAACAUUGCAAGAAUUAUUUCUAAAUAAUUUCUCUCAACUAAUGGUACAUGUUCUAAUCAAAUAGUUUAUGCUCUUUAUUGAGUUAAUUUUUACAGUGUUAGUUAAGGGGAAGCGACUGCAGAUAACUUGUAUAAUGAAUACUAUUUCCUUUUUCCGAAAAAAAGCCCCAAGUAGAAGGGGGACUGUAGUAGAUUGGUAGUCAUGGAAAAGAGAUAAUGUAACAACUUCUACAUAAAUUACUAUAUUCAGAUAAUCUGAUGGUAAAUAGAUUAAGAUACAAGAGUGUGGAGAUAUAAAUGUAAACCUUACUGUAUAGUGACAUUUAAUGAAGUACAGAAUAUUGGAGAAAAGA